AUGUUAUGGACAUUAGGCUAUCAAAUAAAAAAUUCAUUUAGUAAAAAUUCUGAGAAAAUACUAGACGAAAAUUUAGUAAACCGAAUCAAUAGUACAAUAGAAAAUGUCGAGGACAAAAUUAGUACUGAAUCACUCAGUUUCGUUAAUGAACAAGUUCAAAAUCAAUAUUUUCUUGUCGAUAAUAAAGAUCGUCAUAGUACACAAAGACGAAUAAAAAUGUCUACGAAUUACUCGCGCAAAUUAAAACAGGCAGCUGUUACAAAAAAUCAGCAAACAAUGAAAAUAAAAUCAAAAAAUAAGCAAUCCGAAGAAUCUACAGAUGCAUUAAGUUCUGUUAAUUUUUUUAAGAAUAGAAAAGUUGAUAUUAAAACAAGUACGAAUACAGAAAUUCUUCCAACUGUACAAGAUAAAGGUGGAAGUGAUCAAUCUAUGUGGAGAACUACGAGUGCAGAAAUUUCGAAUCUUUAUCAGAGAGUAAAAAGUGGACAAAUACUUAAACAGACAGAUAAAGAUGAAUAUUUACCGUCAAGAUUUCUAGGAAUUAGUAAAAAAUGGUUUUUAACGCCUGGAAUAGAGUACAUAGAAGGAUUAUAUUUGGAUCUAAUGAUCUCUGAGAUGUUUCUUGAAAUAUCUAAAAAGCAUAUCUUAAACGAUAAAACAAUACAUUUACUUAUUCAAUGUAUAGACAGUCUCGAUGGACUCGAAUGGAAAAUUCUCGGUGGACCCACCGGAAGAGAAAGUGCUAUAAGAAACUAUACAUUUUUUCUUAAAGCUGCUCUUUUUCCUUUACAUAUUCUACAAUUACUUAAAGGUGAUUCUAUUGUAAAUGAAAGCAAUAUAUCCGAAGGAUUAACAUUUAAAUUAAAAGCUAUAAGAAUUAAUGCCAUAUCAGCCAUUUAUAAUUGUACAAUACGAAAUAAAUGGAUUUUAACAGAUGAACGAUUGAAUCAUAUUCAAAAAUAUAUAGAUGAUGAUGAUAGAGAAUUUAAAAAUUGGAUCAUUCAAAUAUUCUUAUUGAUUGAAAAUAAUAAGAAUGUUAAUUAUAAGAAAUUAUUCAAUGAAUGUUUGAAACAAUUCGAACAAAAUGAAAAUCUAAUCCAUGCCAUUAGUUAUAUUUACGAACAGAGUAAAGAUAUGAAUAGAUGUAAAGAAUUAUUUGAUGAAAAUUCAAUAACAAUAAUUAGUAGUGUAUUUACCAAACAGAAUUUAAGUCAACAUGAAAAGUUAAUUGUCUGUUCGAUAAUAAAUAAUUAUCUUCAAUCUAGUUACAGUAAAGGUUUGAAUGAAAUUCAACUUAGAAAUUAUGCUUAUCUAUUGCAUCAUUCGCAAGAUAGCGAAGAUUUAAAACUUGAAGCAUUAAAAUCAAUUGUUUUAACUGUCGAGAAAGUGAAAAUGUUACCGGAAUUUAUGAUGGAAAUUCUCAUUGAAAAUAUGAAUAAAGGUGAUGAUAAAUUUGAUAAUUUCGUUAUUCUAGUUCUGAGAAUUGUUGCUGAACAACAAGCAAUCUUCAAGGUAGAUUGUCUAGCUAGUAAAUGGUUAGAAGACAGUAUUAUAAUUAGAGAUGAAAUUGAUAUUAGUUUUGAAAAGGCUUCUGAAUACAAUCUUGAUUGUCAAUGGAUUUCAUCCAUUGUUGCUCAAAUGUUUUUAACAUCUUUGCAGAAAAAUAUUAGAAUAAAUGAUCAAAGUAUUGAUUAUCUUGUUAAAUCACUCGAUAGUAAAGAUAAACAAACUUGUAUUCUAUCAGCAAAAUCAUUAUAUUUAGUUGCAGAAACUCAUGAAAUAAAGGAUCCAAUUCUAUUUGAUUUAAAAGAACAUAUAGAAAGUCGUAUACAUGAUGUUUCUGUUUAUUUGACCGUAGCUUAUGUUCGAGGUUUAGCGACAUUAUCAUCAUCAUACGGUUUUAUUGCAGCAAGUCAUGUUAGUUAUUUACCGAGAAUUUAUGUAUUUGAAGAUUUACAAUUAGGUGAAGAAAAUUUUGCUAAUAUUGUAAAUAAAAAAAUUCUAUUUUUACUCUAUAAUGAAGCUGCAAAUAAUCCAUUUGAAGAUGAUGUUUUUCGAAUUUUCGAUCAUAUUCUAUUGCUCGAAAAUGAAUAUCAAGUUGAUGCUAUUGAAAUAUUACGUAAAUAUUCAGCAAAUAAAUUUCUCAUUCCAGAUGAUACUCUAUCUGCACUAGAAAAUAUUGUUACGACACCUGAAUUAUUUAAUCAAGUUUUUCAAGUAAUUGAAAAUAUAAUUCAUAAUAAACAGAUUGUUAGUGAAAAAAUCCUUCGUAUCAUUGCCGAUAAUUUUUAUUUAUCACACAGUGAUAAAUUAAGAGAAAGUUCCUAUCAUCUGUUAGAUAUGGCGAAUGAUAAUCAAGAUAUAUCUGAAGAAAUUUUCAAUAUAUUUGAAUUAGAAAAGUCUAGUCGAGCUAUCAGUUCACAUUACUUGGAAGCUAAGUGUGCUAUUGCUUAUUUACUUGAAAAAACAAAGAAUGGAUAUCGUUUAACAAUUAAUGGUUUUCGAGCAUUAGCACAAGUCAUCAACAUUCCAUGGAUGAUCGAUAAUAAUAUUUUGAAAAUUUUGUUGAAUGUUUCAAAUAAUGGACAAAUAAUACCUAUUGGUUUAGUUGGAAAACUAACGAGAAGAUUUAAUCCUUACAGUGAACAACAUGAUUUUAUUCGAAUAUUUGAAAAUUUAGUGAAAAAUAAUCAAGACAUACCGAGUAAACUUUCAUCCAAAUUGACUAAAGCCUUGAAUAAUCCAUGUAUUCUUGAUCAAGUAUUAAUUAUUUUUCUCCUUGAAGGACAAAAAGAACAAUAUCUGUCUGUUAUCUGUUCAGUUAUUGAGACAAAAGAUUAUUUUGCAAUUGAUACGAGAAAUCUUUUUGUUCGAAUACUGUAUCGAAAAUCCAUUAAAAAUAUAAUUGCUCGUAUUCAAACAGCAUUAGUUCAUGCUCUUAAAAUUGACUAUCAAGAUGUUAUUCGUAAAGCCAUAAACGGAUUAAAAAUACUUGUAUCUCAUCAUAAAGUUGUACCAGAAAAAGAAACCAUAGAUAUACUUCUAAGUUUAAUCACAAGCGACAUUUGCAAUGAAACUAUUAGACAAGACAUUCGUAUAUUAUUGAAUAUUUCCACAUUAGAAAACAAUCAGAAAUGUGCGUAUGAACUUGCCUAUUUAAAUUUUGAUAAUUACGAUCAAUUACUUGAUAAAUUAGAUCAGUUUGAUAAACCUAAGUUAUUGACACAAAACUUCAAUCAAAUUAGUUGUGUUAUUGACAAUGAUUCAACAUUGAGUCUUAAAGCUUUAGAAAUUUUACGGAAAUGUUCAAAUAAGGAAAAUAUCACAGAUAAAUUAUUGAACAGUAUUGCUGUUUUAUUAGCUAGUACUAAUUCAAAACAUAUCAAAUCAUUAUGUUGUCAAGUCAUUGCUGAGAUAGUUGGAACUGGAAGAAAAAUUUUCAUAGAUAUUUUAGAUCAAAAUGAUAAGUUUCAUAUAUUUCAUUGUGAUAUACUUAUAUGUAUUGCGCUAACAUUAGAAGUUAAGGAAAUGUCUGAAUUAAAAUCAUUGGAAAUAAAUAUUUUCAAUGAUAAUGACAUCAUUCGUUAUUGGUCAUUUCGAGGUUUAAGAGCAACUUAUGAUAGAGGUUUCAAAUCUUCAGCAUUUCUACAGUGGUGUAAUCAUAUUAUUGAUAAACUUGAAGAUAAUACUGAUGUCGAAGUUGAGUUCGAUUUAGAUUUAUUCGAAACCGUCGCAGCAUUAAAAUACAUUGAUUUUGAUAAAAUUUAUGGUACACCACAGAAUCAAUGGAAUAGAGAACUUUUAAUCUGUGAUUUAAUUGAACGAUUUCAUAUAACUGAAGCAGAACGUUUUCAAUUCUAUGAAGCUUGGCUUGAUAUCGAAGAACAUAGAAAAUAUCACAGUAAUAUGUUAUUAAAACUUUUACAUCGUUUUCUAGUAAAUAAUAAUAAUGUGCUCUUUACAGAAUGUUAUGAAACAGUAAAGAUUCUAGAUCAAAUUGAUUUCGACACUGCUCAUAAUAUUUUAUUGCAUAGUAGUCAAGCAUUUGUCGAUUUAAGACAGGCAUAUCUAACAGUUAUUAUUCAUCAAUGUUUAUUCAAUAGAGCUGAAAUUAGUAGUGAAUAUAUUGAAACUCUAGCAUCGAAUAUGAUGUCGAACUUUGGCUUUGAUCUAAGUCAAAAAUUUCUCGGUAGUUUACAAAAUAUCAGUAAUUUAUCAGAAUUUGAAAAUAUUUUGAAUUUUUCUAAAAUAUAUCAUAUAAAAUCAUCGGAUAUUUAUGUUAAGAAUGCGACUGUUUCUACACUAAAACGAUCAUUAGAAAUCAAACUGUUAGGUAAUCAAAUAGAAAAAGUUGAUCGAUUGAAAUUAGGUAUUUGUUUGGAUGAUUUGUUAGAUAAGAAUUGGACUUUCGAACAAAUAAAUCAUUUUUUCACUAUUGUGAAAGAAUCAAAUAGUCGAGAAAAAGCACGAUAUUUUUUAUCUAUUCUCGAGAUUAUUUCACAUUAUAAAAUUUCUCCAAAAGAAGAAAACUAUGAAAAAAUAUUAACAAUUUUAAAGAAUUCAACUGAAGAUUGGCAAAAAGAGAUUAAUAAAAUUGCAAUUGAAAUCAACUUUUCUGAUAAAGGUCAAAUUAAAAUGUCAAAAGAAUUAGUACAAGAAUUGCAAAGUAGAAAUUCACAGAAUGAAAAUUUGAAAACUUUAGAUGAAAAAAAAUUAUUAGAUUUAAUAGAAAAAAUUAAAAGUUCAAAUUUAUUAUCAUUGUUAUUCAAGAAUAUUAUAGCAGAAGACUCAAAUCUGAAAAAUCAAAUUCCUUCAAUUUCUAUCUCGCAAUGGACAAAAGAUCAUAUUCGUCUAUGGGCAAAUAUGGUCAAAGCUUAUAUUACACAUUGUAUCGAUACCGAAGAUUUCAUUAUAGAAGCUCUAGCAGUAAUUAAACAAGCAAAUUUCAUAGAUACUGGAUUUCAUCUUACAGAUGCACAAAUUCUAAGUUGUUUGAUUAUUUUGAAUGCCAACAAAAACCAAGGUAGAUUACUACAAGUAGGAACAGGCGAAGGUAAAUCAACUAUCAUUAGUGUAUUAGCAGUUGUUUACGCCUUAUUAGGGAGUACAGUAGAUAUCAUAACGAGUUCACCUGUACUAGCAGAACGAGAUGCAAAAGAAAAAGAAAACUUCUAUAGUAUGUUUGAUCUUCAAUGUAGUCAUAAUAAUGAUAAAGCAGUGUAUCUAUCAGGUCCUAAAGUAUGUUACAGAAAACAGAUUGUCUAUGGUGAAGCAGCACAAUUUCAAUUCGAUACAUUGAGAACAGAAUAUGCUGAAUUGAAUACAUUAGCCGGUAGGAAAUGUGAUGUUGCCAUUGUCGAUGAAGUCGAUAGUAUGCUUAUUGAUGAUAGUUCGAAAAUAGCACGAUUAGCAUCGACUAUGUCAGGUAUGGAUCAAUUACAAAUAAUCUAUCAACUAUUAUGGCAUCAACUUAUUUCUUUGCAAGAGAAAAUAAUUCGUUUAGAUAAUAAAAUGUAUUUAUUUUAUGGAAAAAUUAAGUUCGAAGAAAAACUAAUCACACUUGAAUAUGCAAAUGAACAGGGAGAUAUUGUUAGUAUUCCAGAUUUAAAAACUCAUCUAGCCUCUACAUCCGAUAUAAGUAAUAUAGGAAAAUAUAUACCAGAAGAUGAUAAAGAAGAUGAAUUUAUUAAGGAGAACUUAGAUAAUUAUAUUCGAACAUUCAUCAAGGAAAAUCUCAAAAUACCGAAAAAUUUUUCUGAUUUUGUUCAUUCACAAAUACCGAAAUGGAUAGAUAAUGCUAUUACAGCAUUGAUCUAUCAAGAAAAUGUACAUUAUAUUGUACAUAAUGGUUUGAUAAAACCAGUCGAUUAUUACAGUACAGGUAUUGUACAGAAUUCAUCGAAUUGGAGUGAUGGAUUACAUCAAUUUUUACAAAUAAAACAUGAACUCAAAAUGACAUCAGAAACAUUUACAACAAAUUUUCUUUCGAAUCGAGGAUAUUUUACACGGUACAGUUCGAAAUUAUUCGGUCUUACCGGCACACUCGGUUCAGAUAAAGCAAAACAAGUACUAGGCGAUGUCUAUCAUGUAGAUUUUGUUAUUAUUCCUAGUCUACGUCAAAAACAACAUCUUUCAUUACCUGACAUUAUAGUUAUGAAUGAAAAAGAUUGGUUAGAAGAAAUUUGUCAUUCAGCAAUAAAUGAAUCGAGUAAAGAACGUGGAACUUUAGUUAUUUGUGAAACUAUCGAACAUACUAAAAGUAUAGUAGAAAAAUUGCAACAAAAAUAUCGUUCUAGUGCAAUUAAACUCUAUACGAUGAAUGAUAUGAAUCAAGAGAAAAAUGUUGCAAAUAUAAAUCCGGGAGAAAUAAUUAUUGCUACGAAUCUAGCAGGACGAGGUACAGAUAUAAAAACGGAAGAAAUAGAAAAACAUGGCGGUCUUCAUGUUAUUGUAACAUUUAUGCCACCUAAUAAACGUGUCGAAGAACAAGCAUUCGGUAGAACAUCACGUCAAGGUAAACGUGGUACAAGUCAACGAAUUUUAAAUGCAAUUAAUUUAAUAGAAUAUGAAGAUUUUGAUAUACAAAAAAUUACACAAUUUCGAGAUAGAAUUGAAGCGAAAAUGUUAUGUGAUUUUGAAAGUUGUGAAUUAAAAAUCAUUACAUUGAAAGAUGAACUUUUUAUUAAAUUUUGUUUAUUAUUAAAAGAGAUACGUUCAAAAAUUAGAGAGAAAAUUAGCUGGUGGACAAACGUAAAAAAUAAUGUAAAAAAUACAUUUGUACAUGUGAAUCCGUCUGUUGUUGAGUCGAAUACUUUACUCAGUAUUGAAGAACAAUGGGCAAUGUUUUUACGUAAAAUUGAUGAUGAAAAAUUUCCUAUCAAUAUAGAGAAAAUUCAUGCUGACUACGAAAAAUUUAGUGAAAAUAUACUGAGUAAUUACGCAAAUGAUUGUGUGAUUAAGAAUCCUUAUCAUUGUAUCAACAUAGGUAAUGAUUUAAUCAUAAAUGAUUCAUCAUUAACAAAUCAGUAUAAUGAAGCGAUGAAGCACUUCGAUAAGGCUAUAGAACUUGAUUCAAAUCAUUGUGCGGCAGCUUUCGUUGGUAAAGGUUGGUUAUUAAUAAAAGGUAAAGAAACAUUUAUUGGCUCGAAUGAACAAGAGUUUGGCUAUAAGGAAGCAGCUAUGAGAGCAUUCCGUAGAGCACUUGAAAUCUUAGCUGAAGAAAUGGCUUUACUAACAUCGAUCCAAACACUUUUACAAAAGAGAUCAUCCUUCAAUAUAAAUAGCUCUCUAUCGAAACAAUUAGUACAAAAACUUAAUAUUUUAGGUAGUUAUUGCAAUAGUUUAGAAAAUUUCGUGAACGUAAUUAGAAAAUCUCGUAGAUUAAUACAAAUUACAGAUAUCAUAGACUGUAAAAACAUGAAAACCGAUGUAGAUAAUAGUGGUGUAUUUAAAAGAGUAAUUACGCAUGAUGAAAUUGAGAAAGGUAUUGGAAAAUGGUGUAAUAUUCGUUUAAUUUCCUCUGACCAGAGUGAUCGAUACGAAGCUUCGAUAGAAAAUUGUGAUGAAAUUGGGAUCACGAAAAAAGAUGAAGAUAAAUUUAUAGUUAUUUAUAAACAUAGAAUAGAAAAUAAAAUAGCUAAAUGGCCUAUAGAUGAUACCCAAUUGAAUAAUUGGCUUUUAACCGUAUCAUUUGAUGAGAGUAUUCUUGAUAGAAAUACAAAUUCUAAAAUUUACAAUAGAAUUUAUCAAAAAAUCGUUUCUGAAAAUGGUUACGUUCGAGCAGACUUUUUAGCUCCUCUUCAAACAUUAUCAAAAGAUCGAGAAUAUGAAGUAACGUUCAAUGAUCUCACUGUAAGAGAAGAUAUGGGUACUAUUGAUCAAGCUAUAGAGACUAUAGAUAAGGCAAUAUCUAAACCUAACUUACUUGAUCGUUUGAGCAAUACAAAACGACAUAUUCUCAGUACUGAUUAUAAAGAUAUUAGAGUCAGUAUAUCUCAGAUUAAUUCAGAAAUAUUGAAAGAGCUUAUCAAUCCUAAUAUCGAAGUUCAAGAAGUUACAAAAGAGAUGGCUCUAGUACAAUUAAAAGAUAAAAGUUCAUUUUUUCAUCGUCAUUUACUGCCAGAGUCUUUAUCUCCUGAUUCAUAUGCAGUGAAUUUAGAUAUUAUUCUUAACGAUAAUAAAAUACAAGAAGAAUCUCAUUUACAAGUAAGAAAUGCAAUAGAAAUAAUUGAAAAACAAACAGAAAAGAAUGUACGCUUUAAUUUAACUUUUAUAUCUGCGAACGAAAUAUCCAAAGUUUUAAGAACCGAAAUAAUAAAUAUUUCGAAAUUAACUGUCGAAUUUCUUUGUUUGAAUGGAGAAAAAAUUCGAGAGAAAUUUACAAAAAUAAAAUCUGAAAAUAUUAAUCUAAAUAUUAAUCUUGAAAUAUUCGAUAGAAAAGAACAAUUAUUAGAAGUUCUUCGUUCUCUCAACAUACAAAAUAUCGAAUUAUGUACGUUUCAAAAUGAAGAAAAGAAUGUUAAUAAUAUCAAAGAAUUAGUUAAUAAGACAAUAGGAAAGAGAAAAAUCGAAGAAAAUAAAGAGGAUCAUAUAUGUAUAAAAUUAAUUGAUUUAAAUACACAAACAAUUGACAAUAUUCUUUCGAUUUGUCCGAAUGCAAAUUUUAAUAUUCAUUUCAUUAACAUAGAUUUCAACAGUCUCUUGAAUGGACUAAAUGAUGAAUCUAUCAAUAUUCAUUUUGAUCGAUUAGGAAAAGAAACGGCUCAAAUUUUAAUAAAACAAAUAAGAAAAAAAAAUCUCGAUUUUAGUUUAGUCUUUAAGCAUUUGAAAAGUACUCAAGCACAAAGACUAAUAGAAAUAGCUCCUAUCGAUCAAGAAAAUAUAGAAAUAAAUAAAGUCAAAUCUUUAAGUGAAUUAUUUAUGAGUGAUUCAAAGCCAGAUUUAGAACUUUCAGAAUUUUCAGGACGAGGAAUCGAAUAUCUACUUGAAAUUAGCGAGAAGAAAUUUAUUCCAUGGCUAAGCGUUGCUAGUGUAGCUAUUCUAGGCGUUGUUCAAAUGGCAGUAGGUGUUGCUCUUAUUUGUACGGGUUUUGGAGCUACUGUAGGAAUGGGUUUGAUUACUGAAGGAGCUGCAGAUUUGCUUACUGCCUAUCGAGCUUAUAGUACGAGACAAUUUAGUUGGUCUGAUUAUGGUAAACAAAAAGCAGUAAGCCUAGUUAUUUCAGCUGUUUCAAUGGGAUUUUCAUCGAUUAAAGAUGCAGCUAAAGGAGCACAGACGAUUGUCACAGGAGCAGGACAAGAACUACUUGAGCAAGCUGGUACAAAGUUAAUAACUAGUGGAAAAUCAGCAGGUACAACAUUAAUUAAGACACGGCUAAAUUUGAAAAGUCUAGCAAUCAAGUUCACUGGUAUAACUGUUACUGAAGCUGUAGCAAGAGAAGGUUUAAAUAAGAUUGCAGAUAUUGGAUCAAAUUUCGUAUUAGAACAAAUGAAACCACAGAUUUCAGCAUCAAUACAAAAUCGAGUAAAUAGCAAAUUUACUGAAUCUGAUCUAUUUAAAAUAAUUCGUAAAAUGUAUGCAAUCGAUUUAAUGAGUCGAAAACAACAAAUGAAAGGAAAAAUUCACAGAAUAGUCAUCGAAAUAAUUAAUCCUGAACAUAGUUUCUGGAGUAAACAGUGGGACUCCAUUGGUGGUCCUUUAUGUAAAGGUAUGCUAUCAAGUGUCGAGAAAAUACGCGGUCCAGCAAGUAUGACUAUUAGAAUACUUGGCACCUUGAAUGGAAUGUAUGAAAUUACGUUUAUUAUUCAAAAUGUUCAUGAUAAACUUUUAAAGAAACUUACAGAUAUAGAUCGAGAUACUUUGUCCAUGUAUCAAGUUCUAAAUCACUAUUGUACGAUUAGUAAAGAAGAUACAAAGGAAAUUUUAAGUCUUCUUGAUAAUGAAGGCAUUAAAGAAUUCAAUGAUGAAUUAGAAAAUAAGAAUUUUCCGAAUAAAUUAAACACAAUUGAUUUCAAACAAUUUAAUAUACAUAAAGAAACGAUCGUAAAAUUUUUCACUUCAUUACAUGAAAAUAUAUUGAAUGUAGUAAUCGAUGAUUUCAAUGAAAUUAUGAAAUUAGUAUCCGAUGCAAUAACAGAACAAGUAUUUCGAAUAACACAAUCACAACUUAUCUCUCCAUGGAGUACUUAUGGUAUGGGUGAAUUGACAAAGACUAUUUCAGAAAGAAUACAGGAUCAUUUUAUUGUUGAUAAGAAUCAAAAUUCUGAUAGUCAAAACCGAGAAAAUCAAGAGAAUCAAGAAAAAGGCAUAACAUUAAAAGGAAGUGAAAAAUACAAUACAAUUGCAAAACAAAUUCGAUACAAUGCCAAAGAUUACACAAUUGCAUAUAGUCAAUGUGAAAUUAUUUAUCAUGCUCAACAACAACAAGAUCGAUCCAAUAUUGGAAUAAUCGAUAAUAAAACUAGAAAAUAUACAGAAGAAGUUAGAACCGAUAAACCAGCAAGCUUAUCGGAUAUGAUAGCACUGGCUGCGCAACAAAAUUUAGAUAUAAAGAUAGUCGACGAUCCCAAUUAUCAACCUACCAAUGAAGAUAAAGAAAAAGGGCACUAUCAACUUAUGUUAGCAGAUGGUGCUGUUGUUGAUAUUUCAAGCGAUCGAAAUAACUGCGGUUAUAGUGUUAUUCAGAAAAUAUUACAUGAUCGAGGUAUUGAAAAAUCUAUCGAUGAUCUUCGUAAUGAUAGAGCUCAGAGAAUUGAAGAUAAUCCUAAAGUAUUUGUGAAAAUGUUUAAAGCAGAACAAUGGGUUUCAUCUCGUUAUCCUCAGGAGGCAAAUGCAAUAUUAGUGAUAGGCGCUGGAUAUAAAUAUAAGAAAAAUAUUGAGUUCGAAAAUAUAGAUAAGGAAAAUAUCGGUAAAUAUAGACGUCGUCAAAGACGUCCUUCGUCAGAAGGUGAUUCGGAAAGUGAAAAUCCUAACAUUCUUUAUAGAGCAAUUCGUGAAGAUGAGCAGCCAUUUGAAGAUGGAUUACGUCCUCCACCAAAUCAUGAUCCUAAUAAAUCAGCAACGAGUAUUGACGAUGAAUGUUUACAGGAAACGAAUGUUUUCGAUUCUCUAUGGUUCACAAUAACCAAUGAUGGUUUAAAAUCGAUAACUAAAUAUUCUGAAUAUAUCAUUAAAAAUGUCAUGAAGGAACAAUUGAAAAGUCAAUCAAUAUUAUUUCGAGCAUUAUCUGAAUAUCACCGCGAAAAUGUGUUUUUAUCAUUAAAAGAAAGCAAGAUUGUAGAUAAUGGAAAUUCAUAUAAAUUGACUUUGGACGAUGUUACUGAACACGGUUGGUUAACGGACGUACAAUCUAUCAAAGAUGAUGUCACACCACGAUCACACAAUAUGCUAUUGGAAAAACUUCAUUCUUUCCAUAAGAAGGCAGAGUCGUCACAACAAGAAGAGUCGAAGCCAACACAAGAUGCUCAGAGAAUCGAAUUUGUACGACCAGAGCUGACUUCUACAAAGAACAAUAACACAAAUGAAAACGAUGAACCGAAGUCUGAUCAAUCUGAUGAUUCAGACGAUGAAGCUAGCAUAUCUAGCGAUAUCAGUUUAGAUGCUUCGUGGAUAUUCAUCGAAGAUAAAAUAUUCAUCACUGGUUUACCAUUUAACAUGCCCGCAGACAAACUGUUUGAUGCACUUCGGAAAGUAUUUUCUAGUAUUGGCGAAAUUAAGAUUCGUAGAAGAACAAAAAAUCCGUUCAUCAAGUUAUACACACGAAAAGAUAAUAGAUCUCAGCUUAGUGGAGCAGCAACAGUGCAAUUCAAAAACAAAGAAUCAGUCCCCAAAGCAAUCGAAAAAUAUAAUUGGAAACAAAUACCAAUUUUAAAUGAUUCUCAAAUAAAAGUUCAAAUGGCAAGAGCGAGAAUUUGUAAAACGAAACAACUAGUGGAAGGGUCACAACCUUCAGCAAGAUCAAAACAAAUCCCACGAGAAGAAAAAACUCCAGUUCCACAAGCGGUGGCAACCUCAGAAAAUUCAAUAUUUAUAACUGGUUUACCGAAGACAAUGUCCGAAGAACUUCUUUUCCGUACUCUUCGAGAUGAAUUUUCUACUGUUGGUAAAAUUGAAAUAGAUAAAACAACCAAAAAUCCGUCCAUUUAUUUGUUUAAAGAAAAAGAUAAACCGUCCGAACUCAAUGGUAGAGAUAACAAUGUAUGUGUUGUCUUCGUUGAAGGAAAACGGAUUAAAAGUUUGAAUAACUCUCAAAUCUAUGUCAAGAACUUUCAAGCAAAAACUCCAAAAGUGUUGCCACCGACGCCGGAACCAAAACCUCCAAUAUCAUUAAUGCAAAUCCCACAGGCAAGCGACUCGCGUCAACCUAAAGGAAACGUUAAUAUCCUUUGGGAUAUCGAAAAUUUGGCCAUUCCUGCUGGACGAAAUGCCUUUAAUAUUGUCAUGAAGCUACGGCAACAGUUAAUAAUAGAACGAAACAUGGUCGAAGUAUUGGCUCCAGAAAAAGUUGAUGAUGCUGCAUCAAGAAUACUUUUAACUAGUGUUCUUCCUUCAGCUGUUAGUCAAAAACUUGACGUACAAGCAAGCGAUGGAGAUUCCACACGGAUUAAUCCAGUGGCUACGGAAAUGUUUAAUAAGAGAGCGAGGCGCAACAGAAGAAGACAUUCUAAUGCUCAAUUGUCGGGAGCUUUACCAACACAAACAGAUGGCUCACAUAAUGUUGCACCAGGAGAUAUUCAACAAUGCGCCAAACCAAUAGACGAAGGCCAAUGGCAUGAGAAACAAAAUAAGCCUCCGAAUACUGACAAUUCGUUUUGUUGUUCCGUGUGUAACAAUAAGUUCUCCACGGAUGAUGGUCGACUUCAGCACGAAAGAGACAAGCAUAACAUCGAAGAGCUAAUUAAUCUUGUUAGUUUGACAACGAAAGAUCAUUUGAACCGUCACCGUGAGUCAAAAGGCUCCGAGAACCAAUCAAAUAUUGAUCUUAUUACAUUUGAUGAUGAUAGUGACGGUUGUGACACAUCACAAUCGAGUUUACCAGCGACAAUAAGGAAAACUGGCAGUCCCAUCCAACUUGAUGAUGAUGACAACAGCGCUGGCGAAUAUUGUGCUGAUUGCCAUGAUGAUUCUUUCAAAAAGUAG